AUGAACUGUAACGAAUUCCGCAAGCUCAGGCUCCAAACCUGUGCGAGAGCUCAACAGCACACCACUAAGAUGAGCAACAUCACCACAAUCUCCAGCCGAAUGCAGACUGUGAAGCUUCCCCCCAUCCACGGAGCUUCCCCUGCCGGAGGGAGGACAAAACAGGGGAAGAAGUCAGGCAGUUCCUUAGAGAGGGACGACAGAAACGCCCCGCAUCAGGAGCCCCGAAGCAAAACCAUCCUUCCACAACUCAGUGUGCAGAAGACCAAGUGUCAAAGCAUCUCGGAGUACAACGAGGAUAUUAGAAAAGCUGCUCGCUUGAACGGCUCAGGAAUUACUAGAGAAGAGGCUCAAAUUAGAAAAAAAGGAAAAGCUCUUCAAAGAAAAAUCUGUCGAGUUGAAGACAUAAAAGAAAUUGAAGAGAUGCAGUGGAAAGAAGACGACGAGCGCAAAACGGAAGAGGACAGGACUAGACAUCUGGACUCUGAACGGUUAUACUUUAAGAAUAAGAGAUUGAUGUCCAAAAAAGAGGAAAAGAAAAAGUUGUUCCAGGACAACAGGGACGAAAAGAAAAAGUAUGAAAGGAAUAGAGUCCACAUGGAGGAGGAGAUACAGAGGCUUACUCUCUGCAUUCAAGAAAAGCACAAGGAAUAUAAUCAAGUGAAAGCAAAUCUGGAGAUGGCAAAUAAAAAACGGGUCUCCAGAAGAAUCCGAAAACGGGCAGAGAACAAAAAGUUGUGUGAGGAGCUCGGGAAGGUCACGGAGAGCUAUGGCUUGCCGGAUUUCUGGGAUGUGUAUCCAUUAAUUACGAUGCUCCACCUCGAGGAAUGUAUUUCUGUCUUUCUUGAUUCGACGGAACACAUACCUCCUGAGGACCUCUGCAAAUUACAAAAGCAGAUUUGCAAACAAAAUAAAGACAGGGAGCAGAAAGAGGAACGCCUCAGACGUGAAGCUUUAUUUGAAGAACGGAGGCAGAAAAGACUGGAGAGAUCACUUUCUCAACCGCUGAGAGUACCUGGAAAAAAGCUGAUGCCACGUACCCAGCCUUCGAACAACAUAAGAAAGAAACUGAAACCAGUGGAAACCAAGAAGAUGAACGAAGAUUUAUACGCUUACUUUCUGGAAUAAUACUUAGAUAUUAGUAUAUAUUAGAGAAACAUUUAUAGUAGAAGUAGAUAGAAGAGUAGAUAGAAAUCUUAGAUAUUAC